AUGAAGAUGGAAGUUACAAGUAAAAAAAGUAUUCAGUUAGCUGUUGCACUCCUAGCUCUCGCAUGGGUUUCAAGCAUCAACUUGGCCACGGCGGCUCCAAUCAAAAACACUGAUGGCGUAUCGACUACCAAUUUCUCAUUAGUGCGAGCAGCUGCGAGUAAUCCCACGGCCGAAGACAGUAGCAUUGGUAAAAGUGCGGCCGCCUUCAGUAGCGCAUUGAGCGAAGGUUCUUCACAAUCAUCCGGUGUCGCACAAGAAGCAGGAUCCUCUUGGACAAAGCUUCAAAUAUCGCCACUUGCUGUAGGAUCAAUGCCGUACGGUACGUUCAGAAUUAACAUCUACGAACACUCGGCCAAUCUACUUGCCAGCAGUUCCGAGUCACGCAAACGAUACUACUAUGCACCGAUGGCUCUAAUGGACCAUAUCAACGCCUUCAGUUUGUUCAACAACGUUACAAGAGUGCCUGAAUUGCGAUUCAGCGUACAGCUCUGGCAUGACGAAAUCGAGAAGAAAAUUACAACUUACACCGCCAAACUGUUAAAAAGAACGGUUUCACAGGAGCAGGUGGAGGUGAUCCCAUUCAACAAGGUGAUCCUCGUCACAAUGUCUCCCUCAAAAGAUUACUGGCCGUCGAACGAAUGGAUUCCCUAUCAAUUCCACCAGUCGGUCGCGUUUAAACUGACUUGCAACGAAGUGAUCAAAUGUGAAGAACUCGCGAACAACAUGCGCGUAAAUCCCUAUCAGUUCUCCCACUUCAAAUUGCUUUUUAGUUUGGAUUCACAGACGACGCAGAGGCGCGAGACUGUCAUCCGCGUGGAAAGCAUCUUGUCUGGUGAGUUGAUGAGCACACUUAAUCAACGAUAUCGAGACGAGGCCGAUGUUCUACUAACAGCACAGGACGAGAAGCGAUUGUUGACCGAAUCGGUUACCAACGUCAUUGUCGAUUCUUUCGACGAUACCGAGGUCAUCACAUCCACAUCCGAAACGCAGAUCUAUAACGUGUUGAAAAAUAUGCUCAUCAGCGCCCGAACAACGAUCGAAGAUCAGGGAGACGAAAUGUGGGAGUCGGUAUUCUGGAACGAAAACAACUACAGGCCUGACAAAGCAACCAAAACAUGGAACAAUAUGUAUAGCAAACUGGACAAGGAAACUCAACGUCGCCUAAGAGAGGAGUUCAACGAUUCAAACAGGUUUAAUCUUUCAGCAGAAGUAAACCUAUCACUAGUUCAGGUGGCCGGAUCUGCAAGGGCAGACUUGAGUAAGAGUGGUUUAAGCAAAAGCGAAGCCAUGGAUAAAUUCUACGAAGAAACCAAGGACUCUGUGCAAUGGGAAGGUGAACAGUUCAAGCCAAAACAAAUGGAUUUGAGCCGAGUGAACCUGAAUGAUUUACGAGACUCGCGGAACUAUCAAGAGCGAAGUGUUCGCGUUAGUUACUCGAUGGCUGUUUUGUCCAUCGGAAUCAAUUUUGCCGAAUACAGUGAUGUUCAAACUAACAGCAUUAUUUUCCAGCUCCAGAAACAAAUUGAUGAUUUGAAAAGCUCUCUUAACAUUACUUCAACGAGUUUGAGAACUUCCCAGAACGCUUUAGCUUCAAUGGAUCGUUUUACUAUUGCCAACCUGACCAAAGGUGCACAUAUCCUUUUGUCCAUAAGAAUCGAUUUUUCCGAGUACAAUGAUGUUCAAUCUAACAGCAUUAUUUUCCAGCUCCAGAAACAAAUUGAUGAUUUGAAAAGCUCUCUUAACAUUACUUCAACGAGUUUGAGAACUUUUUAG